GCACCUCCCACAAUGCAUCGGUCUCUGUCCACUCGAGUCCGCAGUCAUGGAGGCGAACGGGCUGCCGGUGCCGCCGGUAAUGGACACGCUGAUCGUUAACGGGGAACGAGAAGCCGAAGACCCCGCCAAGAAGAAGAAGAGGAAGAAGAAGAAAAACAAGUCAGCUGUUUCCGCAGGACACAGCGAGCAGGUUGAUGAUGGCGAGCUGGAGGUUAAGAAACCACUAGAACAGCAGAACCUUGAGGAGAAAGAGAGAGAAGAGGAUGGAGAAGAAGAUGGUGAGGAAGCUGAUAACACUUCAAGCAAAAAGAAGAAAAAGAAGCCAAAGAAGAAGAAAGGACCUAAAACCCAAAUGGAUCCUCCGUGCGUCCCCAUCUGUGAUCUGUACCCCAGCUGUGUGUUUCCAGUGGGUCAGGAGUGUGAAUAUCCUCCCUCUCAGGAUGGACGCAGCGCUGCAUGGAGAAUGAGCGAUGAAGAGAAGCGUGUACUGGAUGAAGCCAAUGAGGAGAUGUGGAGUGAUUUCAGACAGGCAGCAGAAGCUCAUCGACAAGUGCGGCGAUACGUCAAGAGCUGGAUUAAACCUGGCAUGACCAUGAUUGACAUCUGUGAGCGUCUGGAGGCCUGCAGCAGGAGGCUCAUUAAAGAGGAUGGUCUGAACGCAGGUCUAGCUUUUCCCACCGGCUGCUCUCUGAAUAACUGUGCUGCUCAUUACACUCCAAACGCUGGAGACCCCACAGUCCUGCGGUACGAUGACGUCUGCAAGAUCGACUUCGGCACACACAUCAACGGCAGGAUCAUUGACUGUGCCUUCACUGUCACCUUCAAUCCAAAGUUUGACCGUUUGCUGGAGGCAGUGGCAGAUGCCACAAACACAGGCAUCAAGUGUGCAGGUAUAGAUGUGCGCCUCUGUGAUGUUGGAGAAUCAAUACAGGAAGUGAUGGAGUCCUAUGAGGUGGAAAUAGAUGGCAAAACAUACCAAGUCAAGCCUAUUCGUAAUCUAAAUGGACACUCUAUUGGUCAAUACCGGAUACAUGCUGGAAAAACUGUGCCUAUAGUGAAAGGAGGAGAAGCCACCAGGAUGGAGGAGGGUGAGGUGUACGCUAUAGAGACAUUUGGCAGCACUGGUAAAGGAGUGGUGCAUGAUGACAUGGACUGCUCACAUUACAUGAAGAACUUUGAUGUUGGACAUGUGCCAAUCAGGCUUCCAAGGGCAAAGCACUUGCUUAACGUGGUGAACGAGAACUUCGGCACCCUUGCGUUCUGUCGCCGCUGGCUGGACCGUUUGGGCGAAAGCAAAUACCUGAUGGCCCUGAAGAACCUGUGUGACCUGGGCAUCAUCGACCCGUACCCUCCUCUGUGUGAUGCCAAGGGCUCGUACACGGCUCAGUUUGAACACACCAUCCUGCUCAGACCCACAUGCAAAGAAGUGGUGAGCCGUGGAGAUGACUAUUAAGAUGUACAGUGCUGUGCAAAAGUCUUAAGAGCUGUUCACACCAAGCAUGAUAACUAUAAAGAUAAACGAAAUUAAGAAAAUUACAGAAUUUUUUGAAAAAUGUGCAAAAUUAACGAAAAUUAAAAUGACAGCAGAGUUCAGACCACAGGUAUAACAAUAAAGAUGUAGAAAAACUAUAUAUUUGGGAUCACUUUUGGAACAUUUUUUUCAGUUUAUAAACAAAAUACUGACAGCCAAUCAGAAUCUAUUAAAACAUAAAGGGCUUUCACAAUUUAAAGCUACAGACAACAUUGUGGAGGAGCUCAUAUUGUGUCAUGUUAAACGCAAAGCAAGUCAUGUUAAUGUAAAACAUUAAACAUAAUGACUAUCUUGAAAUUUUUUUUGUGCACCCUUAGAGAGAAUGAUAAGACUUUUAGCAAAUAAGCAAGCAAAUUGUAUAAAAGUACCUCAGGUAUUGACAAUAGUUUUAGCGUCUUUGUGCUGGUAUAUAUACAUUAUUAUUUCUUGUCAACAUUGACUGCGAUUAGCUAAGUUCACUGUUUGAUUCGAUAAUUACACGAGCUGGAUUCACUGGAUUCAGAUGCGCCAGAAUCAUAGCACACUGAGGACAUCUGCUGGUAACAAGGUGGCAGUGCAAAAAUAAAUCUUAUUAUAAAAAAAUAAACAGAUCGUUAUUGUUUGCUGUAAAUGCAGAUAUAGUUAUCGUUAUAUUUAGCAUCCUUAGUGUGACCAGCCAUUUAGGCCAAAACUUGGUUUUACAGGUCAGCUAAGCAAUAUUUUAAAAACGCGUUUAUCCGCACUUUUGCCAAUCAGCAGGAAGGGGCGUGUCUAGUAACAAUAGCAGAGACAUCAAAAAGGGGUGAGGUUAUAGACAUGUUUGUUUUGGUGCCUUCAAAUAUCAACUUUUUAUUGUAGUGUGUCAGUAGGAAACAUCAGUUUACAUAGUUUUUGCCAUGAAUGGUAAUAAUCCACUGAGUCUUUGAAUAGCCAGUGUGUUAGUGAUAAUGACUUCUCGAAGCGUCGAAACCUUUACAAAUGAUUUGUUCAAAUCAGUGAUUUUAGUAAAUGGGACUUUGUUACAUUAUUAAUAUUUCGAAAUGUUUAAUAAAUGUAAUGGUCUCUGCUUGGGGUGAUUCAUGUUAUACUAUAAAAAUAUAAACAAAUCAUUCAGCUUUAUUCAGAUAGGAAUUAACGCAUAUUAUGCAUACACUUAAUAUUUAAUGAUAUUAGAUAAUCUAGGUAUAAUUGUAAAAGUGUAAAAAAUAUAUAUUUUAAUGCACACUUUAAUGCACUUGAUUUUUUGUUGAAUUUACACGGUUUUAAUUAGCCAUGAAACCAUGAAUCGUUUUGCGAAGCAAUUGGUUUGAUGUUUUUGAAUCUUGAAAAGGUAUGUUUCUCCCAUUACUAGUAUUACAGUGCUCCAGAGAGAUCUGAUCUCACAAUCAUUAUGAAGAAACAGUAGAAACUGAGGGAAUAAAUCCAGAAGAACGUCUCAAAGAUACUUCAAGAAAGCUGAAAAACUGUACAAGUGCACCGAUGGCAAACCAGUUUUAAAUGGAUUUAGUUUGUCUAAAUUUCUUUAUGAUCAGGCCUGUAGCCAGCCUAUUAAAAGUGGACCUUUUGCAGUAAUUCGCUUCGUUUUCUAUUAACUUAUGAGGUUCAAAUAUUGCAUUUUAGUGAUAUUUUAAGCACAAAUUUGUGGAUUAGCUUGUUGGAUGGUUAUCAUUACCACCGUUUUUGAUGCAACAAAUAUAUUUCCUACAUUUUUGUGUGCUUACCAUACUACUUUGUUUACAAAAAUUUGUUUAUAUUUACAAAUGUGCAUUUAAAAUGUACGUUAUUGCAGUUUUAGGAAUAAUGUAAUGAGAGUAGAAUUUUAAAUCCAUUUUUUUGAACAAAGAAAUAUAAAACAAUAUUUAUUUUUUCAAAUGGUAAUUUAUUAUAAUCCAUCAUUAAAAAAACAAUUAGGAAUCUGUUAAAACUUAUUUUAAAUUAAAAACUGUGGCCUAUAGGCAAAUAACAAACUGGCCAGCUCAAUUCCUCAGUCAGAAUUUGUCCAUUGAAAAAUGAAUAAAUAAUUAAAUUUGUCUCAAAGCUUUCUUUUUUCGGUUAUUUUCACAAUUUAUGAUGGCAUACUGUCAAAAAUCGGAUAAAUGAGCUCAUAUAUGGGCCAAAUUCUGGACUUUGUUAGUAGGAACCCCCCUGGCUAGUGGCCUGAUGAUGAUGGCUAGAUCAAAUCUCUGUGUGGAGCACUGGGAGCUUUCAGAUAAAAAAAAAAAAAGAUCUCACUGAAUAAAUACAAUUAAUGGCAAAAAUAAAUGUUUGGAAAUGUAAACUGAUAUUUCCUAAAAAUUCUUUUUUUUUUUUAUUAAAUGUAAAAAAUAAAAUGGCGACACAGUGGCUCAGUGGUUAGCACUGUCGACUGACAGCAAGAGAGUCGCUGAUUUGAGUCCCGGCUGGGUCAGUUAGCAUUUCUGUGUGGAGUUUGCAUGAUCUCCCUGUGUUGGGUUUCCUCUGGGUGCUUCUGUUUCUGGGUGCUUCAGUCUAAAUACAUGCACUAUAGGUGAAUUGAAUAAACCAUAUUAGCCAUAGUGUACGUGUGUGAAUGAAUGUGUAUGGGUGUUUCCCAGUACUGGGUUGCAGUGGAAGGGCAUCCGCUGUGUGAAACAUAUGCUGGAUAAGUUGUUGGUUCUUUCUGGUGUGACCCCUGAUGAAUAACGGGACUAAGCCUUAGGUAAAUGAAUGAAUAAAUAAAUAAAUAAAUAAAUAACUUACUCAAAACCCUUUUUGGUGAUAAAACUACUAGAGAUCUAAGACUUUUGCACAGUCCUGUACAUAAAACAUAAACACACUCCAGUCCCAUGCAAAAAAACCCCAAAACAAAACAUAUAGGCAUUAUUAAAAAAACAAACUAGUUUAAAACUGAACGGCUGCUGUUAGCAAACAGCAUAUACUCAGCAUUAAGUAAGGCAUGAAACUACUAUGCACGGGCACGAGGCAGUGCCCGAUUUAACGUUUUUGGAGUUUUGGCAAGAUAAAAACUUUAUACUCAUUUGUACUCUGUGUAGUGAAUGAGAGAGUGUAAAGAGUACGGCUGCUUGGCUUUACUUCACCGAAGGGCUUUUGCAAGAUGAACAAAUUCAUCAGGAAGCAAAUCAUAAUGCGCACAGCUUUCACAGUGGUUUUGAUAUUUGUAAAAUAUCAAAUGACUGUCUCAUCUAGAACAUACUACCUUUUGAACUCCCUGAUUUUUUUUAAAGACAAAAUAAAUUGUACAGUACUUGAAA